AUGAACGAAGCAGCCUUCCUUGCCAUGACCCGCACCGAAGGCUUUACAGUAUCAAUCUCAGCCGACCGCACCUCAUCACUCCUAGCUCAAAUGGUCCUCCUAAACCGAAUUCUCUCAGAAAUAAAUGACUUCAACACCAAGGCUGCCACAACAACUUUAACCGAAGAAUAUAUAACAACAACUAUCUCGACUCUCUCCACAGAUCUCUCCACCUGGCUCAAGAAUCUACCCGCUCACAUGCACGAUACACCCUCUAACCUCCAAUCCUAUGCCUCCCAAGGCGAAGGCCACCUCUUCGUAACUCUCUAUCUGGGCUACUAUAACUAUGGCCAAAUGCUCUUCUACCGCUUCCUCCAUGAAGACAUCCGAGGGUAUACACCACGUACGCAUUUCUACGCCCAGCAAUGCAAAGAGCACGCCGUUCGACUCUGCGAGAUGAUCUACCGCUCCGAGGAAGUACCCGGAUGCGCAGUUCUGUACAACAUGGUCGGACAUGUGCUUGUCAUUGCGUCGACAGUGCAGAUCCAUACGUUGCUCUUCGGGGAUGAAGAGAGCGUUGUGAGAGCGCGGGCAAGGCUCGAGAGGAAUUUUGUCAUUCUGACAAAACUGCGUGCGCUGUGGCCUACGCUUGAUGUUUGUAUGGAGCGAUUACAGGCUUUUCAUCGGGCUUGUAGGAGCUCGGUUGAUACUAGUUUCUGUAUGGAUGGGUGGAUGGUGAGGUUUUUGGUUGAAUUUGCCAAUCCGGUUAAGGAUAAGAAUGGGGGUGCGAGUGUGGAAGUGCCUUGGGCUUUGGAGGAGAUAGGGAUCUAUUAG